CAGGACAAUCAUGUGGACAAAAUAGACAGCCAGUAUUGUUUUGUUUUCUUAGGUUAUUUAGGCUUUCAUCAGUGGAGUGAGACUACGUGUCCAGUUAGGGAGCGUUGAGAGCAUUUGACUAUUCUCAAUUUCCACCGGUGCACCCGGCCGCUAGGAGUUUUGCUAGGCCGCUAGCUCGAGAUUAGAACGCUCGAGAGAUGGCGGGACCAUCAGGACCGGACGAUAGGUAUCACAUGACUUACUGGCUGCUGUAUCUGCAAGGUGUGGGCACUCUGCUACCAUGGAACAUGUUCAUCACAGCCGUCACUUACUUCCAGUACAAGUUUGGUACAGACCAUGGCGCGGCAGGCGAGCACAAGGCGGACUUUGAAAACUACUUUGAGGUCGUCAGCAUGGUCCCUAACAUUAUGUUCCUGUUCCUGAACAUGCUCUUCAAGCAUCUGAUUGGGCUGCAGAAGCGCCUGGUCGUCUCCAUCUCUAUCAUGUUCCUGGCGUUUGUUGUGACGUGUAUUCUCAUCUAUGUGGACACGUUCAGCUGGCAGAACGGGUUCUUUGCUGUCACCUUGAUCAUUGCCUUCUGUGUCAACGCUGCCAGUGCGUCCUACCAGAGUGGUCUGUACGGCAUGGCUGCCUUCCUCUCUGAAGGCAAAUACACACAGGCCAUUAUGGGCGGACAGGGCUUCAGCGGACUCUUUAGUGCGGUAGCGAACAUCAUUGCCCUCAGCGCCGGUAGUGCAGUUCAGCCCAUGGCCCUGGGGUAUUUCCUCUCCGCCACUGUGGUACUGGCGCUCUGUCUGGUUGCUGUCAUCCUCAUGCCUAGAUUGACAUUUGUAUCAUACCACCUGUCCAGACAUGAAGGAGGAGGAAAGGCCAGUGACGGUGAGAUCAAUAGUAUAAACGAGUCGGGCUACGACGGAGAUGAUGAUGCAUCGGAUACGCAGGCGCUGACUGGUGGGGCAGACGCCAAGGUUGCCGAUGCCAAGAAGAUGCCCAACUUCUGGGUCAUCAUCCGAAAGAUCUAUCACCUAGCCCUGUCAGUGGCAGGUAUAUUCUUCGUGACGCUUGCCGUAUUCCCGGCCGUAUCACAGAGUGUUGCCAGCGUAGCUGCCAGACACGCCAAUGUCAAACUCAAUGUGUGGCAAGACAAGUACUUUGUGUCACUGACCACCUUCCUGCUGUUCAAUGCUGGUGACUACGCUGGUCGUACUGCAGCCGGUAUGGUGCAGCUGCUCGGUCCACGGUCCAUCUGUAUCAUCAGCUUCCUGCGUCUAGGCUUCCUGCCUCUGUUUGCACUCUGCAAUGCAUACCCUGAUGACCGUACAAUGUCCGUGGUGUUUGACAGUGAUGUCUACCCAGUGCUGUUUAUGUCGCUACUGGCCCUGUCCAAUGGCUACAUCAGUAGCUUGUGCAUGAUGACGGCACCAGGCCUCGUUGAACCUCAUGAAAGAGAAACGACGGGAACCAUGAUGGCGUUCUGCCUUGGAGCGGGUCUCACGGCGGGGGCUGGAUUCUCCUUUGCCAUGAAGGCCAUCAUCACAUGAUUUGUAUGGGUAGGGUGCCCGCCUGAUGGAUUUGCCGUCGCAUUGCUUUUUAUAUCUUUUAUCAAUUCGCCAUUAUUUGUAUACCGGUACUUUACGUGUGUGUGUGUCCAUAUGAUCGCAUUACUCCUCCACGCCGGCGUCUCCUCUACCCCAAUGUUAUCUCCCUAUUGUCGACGACGGGAUUUCCCGUAACUGCUCUUGAUGCAGAUUUUGCUUCUAACCAUAGAGCAGUAGUAAAAUACCGGUAUUUUACUACUCCCUGCUUCUGGCCCAGAGCCGGCUAGCCGUAUUCUUGAAAACUUUUUUUAUCACUAUUAAAGCUGGUUGUGUUUCUCAACACGAUUGCCGGUUGUAAUGCGGAUGUGCGAACUUUACUUGGCCGAGCAGCGAGUCUCUCCGAGAGACCUCUUUACCAAUGUGUGCUAGGGCACCUGACUUACAGAACAGGAGCAUCAAUGGCCAUGCCGUCAGUACAAACACAACUGCAGUGUGCUAUAUCCGUCCGUCUGUCCGUCCAUGGCCGUGGAUACAGGCUAUCCUCUUCAUGGCAUGCCAGCGGACAUUGACACGAUAGGCACUAGCCUACAAUCUAUAUUCCCAUACACUGGCAAAGCCAUUUUUGCCUGCGUUUCUCUUCUUCUGAAAUUGCUUGACUUCUUGUUGAAUUCUUGCAUGAGUGACGAGGCCAUCGAGCCGGUUCGAUUGAUAUUAUUGAUAUUUUUCAAGGGCUUGCUGAAAAUCAGUCUUUUACUGCUCCCUAUUUCCUAGUCUCUUAUCGUGUACACGCUCAUGUAUAUCCUAUUGUGGAUGUGUUUCCUCCAUGUGAUUUCAAUGAGGUUUGUGUGUUCCGAUAUGGUAUUUUUUUAUGGCACGGCGCGCCACGGCCGGAUUUUGUGCAUCUUACGCAGAUUUUACUUCAUGUGCAGCAUUGUCAUUUUUACAAGACUACUCGGCAUGCCUGAAUGCAGAAGACAUUUCCGUAGAGAGAUGGCGGAGUCACCCGCACAAA